ACUGCGCGCUGACGUUUUUCGCCGUGCGCCGGUCGCAUUGCUGCGUUGCUAUGGUUCCUAGCAGACUCCCCCUAUCAGAAUAAUGGCGACUAAGGCGGAAUGGAUGGCGGAGGUAACCGAGCCGAGCUGUGAGGGGGCGGUGCGGGGGAUUGUGGAGGCUCUACACGACUGUGUAAAGAAGCUUCAACAGUCUGAAGAUGCAGUAAGGUUUACUAUUAACUGGGAUAAGAUCCAGUGCCUUCCAGAUGUGGGCCCUGCAUUACUGCGCAAUGUUCUUCAACAACAUAUAUCUGAUCUGCAGCCUCUUUUAGCUCAGCUUCAGUCAUUGUCUUCUGGUAAAGGAGAGAAGAGUAUCGACAGAGAAGGUGAUGGAACAAACGGCUGUAUUGCAAAUGUGAGAAAAAACAUGAAGCCGGACCCUGAAAUUACAGUAAAGUGUAUUCUGGAUAAAGGAGCAUCAGACACCAGCUGUCUGUCUGAUCCUGCAGUCGUACAGAUCCAAGCUGGAAAGUCGGAGAUUGACAGAAGGAUAUUGGCAUUCAUGGAGAGAAAGCAAGCAGAGAUCAAUGAAAACAACGUCCGGGAGUUCUGCAACGUUAUUGAUUGUAAUCAAGAAAACAGUUGUGCCAGAACGGAUUCUGUUUUUACCCCAUUUCCUGGAUUCAAGAGCCACAUAAAAGUUUCUAAGGUUGUUAAUGCCUAUGGGCCCCAGACUAGAAGCAGUGGCUCAUCUUCUAACACAAGAAUGCAUUCUCUCCAACGGGAUUGUGAAAAUCAGGCUGUAGAAGAGAGACUACUCAACAUUGAAUCCCACUUGCAGCUAAAGCCAGGACAACCUGUACCUAAAGACAUUUAUCAGAGAAUUAAAAAGCUAGAAGACAGAAUCUUGGAGUUGGAGGGCAUUUCUCCUGAAUAUUUCCAGUCUAUGGAUAUGUCAAAUAAGCGAAAGAAAGUCCUUCCUUCUCAGAGAUAUUCUUUGAUGGAACUUGAUCAGAAGAUUAAUGCACUUAGACAGACCCUCCUGCAGAAAAGCAAAAGAGGAAUUUCUUGAAAAGUCGCAGUACUGUGUCAUUCAUUACCAGGACAUGUUUCUAGGUUGAAUCUCUUUCCAUCUUGCCACAUCUGUUUUGCUGACUUGGUCUUUCUUUGACCUCAAAACCCUGCCACUGGGUCAAGUUCUCCAAGAGCUGAAUUUUUAGGAGAGUAUCAUACCAGAGUAAAGAUGUAACUGAGAAUUCGAACAAGAUGAAGAUGUUCUGGGACAAGAGAAUACAUGAUGACUUUCUUACAAGAAAUUUCAUCCACAAUUAUUAGUUGACCGAAGUAUCAUAUAGUGCUGUAUUCUAUGAUGUUGCGUUAGAAUUGAUUGGAAUUUACAUAGCCCCUUAGGGUUGUCUAGGUCUAAACUCAAUUACAGUACUUCAGGAAUGGGUGGUAGCAGUGCUUCUGCCCAGAGCCUUUUGACAUAUUCCUCCAAGCUGAAUUUAUUACAUAGCCUUCAUUUAGUUCUGCCAUAGAGCAUGAUGCUGGCCCCAGUGCCAAAAUGUCUGAAUGCCCAAUUGAAAAAAGGGUCAGCCCAGAUGUAGGCCUUCAUAUCAGAAACUACCGUAUUUAUUGGCGUAUAACACGCACAGGCAUAUAACACGUACCCUAACAUUAAGAGGGAAGUUUCAGGA